AUGCAGGUGUCUCCGUCUCCUGCUUCGAUUACUUCACCGAAAAACAAUGUUUCUGAGUGGAGCCAGAAACCUCCGCGGAAGAAAUCACUCCAAUCCCCUCCACCUGCUGCGAACUCCACUACAACAAGUCUUAAAACUCCACCAUCGUCGGGUAAUGCGACCAAUUUAGUGCCACCCAGACCCAGUGGACCGGAGAAUAACAACAAUGGUAAAAAUUCUCAAAGAAGUGAGGUUCCUACUAAGUCGGGAAGCCCUACGGAUAGAAGUCAGGAGAAUGCAUGCCAUGCGUCAGCUGAAAAAUGCCGUAUCGAUGAAUUGGUUGCUUGUCUUCAACCUCCUGGACAUGAUUCCAAGGGAUUAUUUCUUUUAGUCCAGAACACAGGGGAGAGCACUCUGACUGCGAAAAUUAUAGUAACACCUCCUAUAAAUAUUUAUGAGAAGAUACAAAUAGCCAAAGGAAACAACAAAACAAUUUCAAUGAAUGCUAUGAGCGGACUAGAAAUAGUUAUAAAUGCUGGAAAAGGGAAUUGCAUUCUUCACACCAAGACUUCUUUUUCUAACUGGAAUCCUGUCCAGCAGUUUCCUUCUUAUGCAACCCAUCUGACACCUAUUUAUGGUGCCUACUUUUUGUUUGUUACCAUGGUUAUUGCUGGAGGUACAUGGGCCUGUUGCAAGUUUAGGAGGGGAAGGAGAGAUGAUACUGGCAUAGCAUAUCAGCAACUUGAGAUGGGAGCACAAACACAGUCAAGUUCAGCAGUUGUUGACUCAAACAAAGCAGAUGAUUGGGAUGAGGGAUGGGAUGAGGAAUGGGAUGAGGAAGAAGCAGUGCCACAGGCUUCAGAAAAGCUACCCACUGGAAGUGUUUCAGCUAAUGGACUCACUUCAAGAUCUCCCAGAAAACAUGGGUGGGAUGUUGAUUGGGAUGAUUAGGCUCUCAACAAGGUGGAAAGUGAGUGAAUGGUCCUUUAUUUUUCCAGGAGAGGAAAUAAUCAGAAGCAAUUCCCAAAAGAAAGUUAUCUAUACUGUGGCUUUGCUAGGCAAAAGUUGCAUAUCAUAGUGCCAAGAAAAGAUAGUGAUGUUUAGGGUAUCCAGCCUAUUUGUGUGGAGAAGAAAACAAUUUCAUGAAGAAAUUUUGUAUGAUAAAUUUUUUUUCCUAAUUGCUGUUUUUGAGCAAUAGGUUUGUUAGUUGAAUUGGAAACCCUUUGAAGGGCUGUAUCUUUUAGAUUUUCACAGGGGCUUCUGAGUUGAAGAACCUUCUAUGGCGACAUCAGACAGGAUCUUCCUAGCUGCCACCUGCCCAUCCGCGAAGAGGAGUUUGAUCCAACCUUGACAGCUCUAAAACUAUCAAUGUUCUACCCAGCUGCUAAGUCCAUAAGCUAUUACAGAUCUCCUACCAUCAAGAGUACACAAUGAAGCAUCAAUACGUCACCAUUGCUCAUGAUCUAUACUUUCGGACAAAAUAAGCAGAACAAUGUGGAUCCAGGGGAUGUUGCUGUGUUGCAAUCUGUAUUGGGGUUGCCCUAAUAUCUGUUUAAAGUGUCAAAAUUAUGUAUUCUGAUGAUGAAACUUUCAUUGUUCUUUGGUUGUUUGCUUGAAAAUGCUGCUGAUUUUAUCCAAAUGAGCAAUUAGAUACAAGAGAUUGUCUUUUGUGUGCUUGAA